UAUGAGGCAGACCAAGAAUUUUUCUUUGGCCAAGUUGUACAGUUUGAAUGUAAUAAAGACUAUAAACUUUCUGGAUCUAAAGAAAUACAUUGCUCAGCUGAUGGAAAUUAGAAUGCUGAUGUACCUACAUGCAUAGAGGUAACCUGCGAAUCACCAAGAAUUAAUAAUGGAAAUUUAAUGACUCCAAAGAGAGUUUACAGGGAGAAUGAACGAUUGCAGUUUACUUGUAAUCCUGGAUAUACAUUCGGUGAAAGAUCUGAUGCAGAUUGUACAGAAUAUGGAUGGCGUCCAAAACCAUUUUGUAAAGAAAUUAGAUGUGAUCCUCCAACAGUGACUAAUGGAACCUACCACCCUAAAAAGAAAGUGUUCAGAGAAUUGGAAGUAAUCAGAGUAGACUGUAAUCAAGGAUUUCACUUUGAAAUGGGCAAUAUGGACAGGAGAGCAGAAUGCACAAAGAAUGGCUGGUUACCUGUUCCAAGAUGUAUCUUGAGACCCUGUGACUACCCACAUAUAGAAAAUGGAGCAUUAAGUGGAUAUUAUGAAAAUCACAAAGAACGAGCCUUUCCAGCACAGUUAGGUGUGUCAAUUUACUACGGAUGUCUUGAUGGUUACGUAUCUGAAAGCGAGACGACGUGGCCUAUGAUCACAUGUACUAGAACGGGCUGGUCUCCUGCACCAAAAUGCCUUAAAAAGUGUUCUACUGGUCAUUUGGAAAAUGGUAGAUUUCUGCCUGGCUAUAGGAACACCUACAAAGAAGGUGAUGAAAUUUCAUAUGAAUGUUCUGAUAAUCUGCGAACCAAAGUUACAUGCACAAAGAAUGGCUGGUCACCUACUCCAAGUUGUACUUCUCACAAAAUAUGUGGAAAAGUUGAGAUACAGAAUGGUUAUUUCUUCGAAAGUAAGAACAGAUUUACUUUAAAUGAGGAAGCAACAUAUAGGUGUCGGAUUGCUUACACGACUCCAGAAGGAAAUGAGAUGGGGAAGACACAGUGCCUUCGAGGAGGAUGGACUCCUUUACCAAAGUGCAUUAAAACAUGUGAAAAGCCUCGAUACGAGCAUAUUAAUUUCCACACAAAUCAAAUGGUGUUUCUGCCUGAAGAAAUACUGGAAUAUGAAUGUGCGGAUGGACACCAAACUGUAAAUAAAAUCACAACAGGUUAUACAGUGUGUGGCAUAAAUGGAUGGACUCCUGAGCCCCAGUGUCCUGCCAUAGAAUGUGAAAUGUUGAGAUUGGCCCAUGGCCAGGUUUCCCCCCCGAAAGCUAAAUACGAUAAUGGAGAUGUGGUAACUUUUUCCUGUGCAAAAAGUCACAAACGAGUGGGACCUGACUCCUCUCAGUGCUAUUACUUUGGAUGGUUCCCAGCAUCUCCGACAUGCAAAGAGGAAACAAAAGCUUGUGGGCCACCACCCAGCAUUACCAAUGGGAAUAUUAUCAGUGAACUUCAUGAGGAAUAUGAACAUGGCGACUCAGUGGAAUAUGACUGUGACCUCCGUUUUAAAAUUAUUGGAUCAAGAAAAAUAGAAUGUAUUGAUGGGGAAUGGACAUCUUUACCUUCUUGCACAGAAGAGGAAAAAACCUGUGGACUACCACCCCCUAUUGCCAAAGGGAAAGCUGUCAAUAUAGACAAUCACCAGUACGGUCAUGGAGAAACAGUGGAUUAUGAAUGUGAAAAAAACUAUGUAAUGGUUGGGCCAAAGACAGUGAAGUGUCUUAGCGGAAAAUGGAUAUCUUUGCCUUCGUGUGCUGAUCAAUCUGCUACAUGUGGACUUCCAGAGAAUUUUGAGAAUAUAGCCAUUUUACAAACUCCCAUCAAGAAAAGGAUCUAUAAGCACAAAGCACCUAUAAGUUACAAAUGUAAAACAGAUGGCACAAACUUUAUACAAUCAACUUGUAAAUAUGGGGAAUGGACACCCAAACUUGACUGCAUAGAAAGAAAAUGCCCACCUCCACCUCAGCUCCCGGGUGCCAUCAAGAUCACAGAGACACGAAACUACGAGAAUGGUGAAAAAAUAGCUUUUACGUGCCUAAAAGCUUUUGAACACCAAGGAGUGAAAGAAAUAAUGUGUGAAAACGGGAAGUGGCAAUCACCACCGCGCUGUGUUGAAGAAAAAUUAUGUUUCCAGCCACCUUCCAUAGCAAAUGGUGAGAUUCUCAGUCUAGAAAAUCAGAACUUAAGACAGGAGCAAUCAGGACCAGUGACUUAUCGGAAUGGUACCAUGUUAACGUACAGUUGUAACCCUGGCUUCAUGUUACGUGGACCACCUGAGAUAAUUUGUAAGACUGGAAAAUGGACCUCAGCUCCUACAUGUGUUGAAAUGCCAUGUACAGAUGUUCCAAAUAUUAUCAAUGCUCAGACUGAAGGCAGAGUGAAGAAUAGUUAUGAGCCUGGUGAAACAGUACGUUAUCAAUGCCAUCCUGGUUUUACCAUCAGUGGAUCAUCAGAUGUUACGUGUAAAGCAGGAAAGUGGUCCACACAACCUGUAUGUGAAGGUACAAUGAGUAAUUUGAUCUAACUUCAUAGAAUCUAG